CCAGCCAUCCAACAAUCCACACAACAACACCUCCAUUAAACCCACUCGAACCACUCUACCAAAAUGCAUCUCACCACCAAAACCCUCCUCUCCCUCCUCCCCCUCCUCCCCCUAACCACCGCCACGGGCUCCGCCAUCGUGCAAAACAACUGCACCUCCCCGAUCUACCUCUGGUCCGUGGGCGGCUCCGUCAGCAGCAUGCAAACCAUCGACCCGGGCUCCAGCUACAGCGAGACCUUCUACUACGAUACGACCUCUGGUGGUGUUGCUUUGAAGAUCACCACCACGGAGAACGGUCUGUACAGCGGCGCUCCGCAGACGGAUUACGCCUACACUUUGGAUACCUCCUCCGGUAACGUGUUUUAUGAUAUCUCGGAUGUCUAUGGCGAUCCGUUCUCGGGCAGCGUGGUUAGUCUCGUCUCGAGUGAUGCUAGCUGCCAGAGUGUUUGUUGGGCUGGGGGUGUGCCCCCUGCUGGAAGUGUCGUGAGGAGUUGUCAGGAUGAGGCGGAUGAGGUCUUGACGGUUUGUGCGGAUAGUUGUUAGAGUUGGAUGGAUUGCUAGGUUGAGGAUGACGGGGGUUAGAGUGGUGAUUUAGGGAAGGGUUGGGGGAUUGGGGAUUUAAUGUGAGGUUGUUGUUUGGGUUUUCUUGGGGAGGGAUAUCUGGUGGAAUGAGUUUGUGUGUAGGUAUGUCACUAGUAGCUGAAUUUAUGAUUGUACUAUGCCAUGUCCAUGUUUAACGGGACUUAGUACUAAUAGAGGUGACGCAAGUAUA